AUGGGAAUUCUGAGCACAAUAACAAGUUUUUUAGGAUUUGGAGUGGGAACUUCAAUUGGGCUAGUGAUUGGAUACUAUUUAUUCAUAUACUUUCAGCCAACUGAUGUUAAGGAUCCAAUAAUUCAACCCUUGGUUGAGCAAGAUUCUAAAACUCUACAACAGUUGCUUCCAGAGAUACCCUCUUGGAUUAAAAACCCAGACUAUGACCGUCUUGACUGGCUUAAUAAAUUCAUUGAGUAUAUGUGGCCUUAUCUGGACAAGGCAAUUUGCAAAACUGCAAGGAGUAUAGCAAAGCCAAUUAUUGCUGAGCAAAUUCCAAAGUACAAAAUUGAUUCUGUUGAAUUUGAAGAACUUAACUUGGGUUCUUUGCCACCAACUUUUCAAGGAAUGAAAGUCUAUACUACUGACGAAAAGGAGUUGAUUAUGGAACCAUCAGUGAAGUGGGCUGGGAAUCCUAAUAUUCUAGUUACAGUUAAAGCAUUUGGGCUUCGAGCCACAGUCCAGGUUGUUGAUCUGCAAGUAUUUGCUUCUCCUCGUAUAACUCUGAAGCCUUUGGUUCCAAGUUUUCCAUGUUUUGCCAAUAUUUACGUGUCUCUCAUGGAGAAGCCGCAAGUUGAUUUUGGACUAAAACUUCUUGGAGCUGAUGUAAUGUCUAUUCCUGGUCUUUAUAGGAUUGUCCAGGAAAUCAUUAAAGAUCAAGUUGCAAAAAUGUAUCUAUGGCCCAAGGCCUUAGAGGUUCAAAUAAUGGAUCCAACAAAGGCCAUGAAAGUGCCAGUUGGAAUCCUUCAUGUGAAAGUUGUAAGGGCAGAGAAGCUUAAAAAGAAAGACCUACUAGGGGCAUCAGACCCUUAUGUGAAACUCAAACUCACAGAAGAGAAACUUCCUUCAAAGAAAACAACUGUGAAAUACAAGAAUUUGAAUCCAGAAUGGAAUGAGGAAUUCAAUAUAGUUGUCAAAGAUCCAGAAUCUCAGGCUUUGGAGCUAACUGUUUAUGACUGGGAGCAGAUUGGCAAGCAUGACAAGAUGGGUAUGAAUGUCAUUCCAUUGAAAGAGAUUACCCCUGAUGAACCAAAAGUGAUGACUCUUAAUUUACUCAAGACCAUGGACCCUAAAGAUCCUGAGAAUGAGAAGUCACGUGGACAGCUCACUGUAGAAGUUCUGUACAAACCUUUUAAGGAGGGAGAGUUACCUCCCAAUGCAGAAGACCCCAAUGCAAUAGAAAAGGCUCCUGAAGGAACACCUUCUAGUGGUGGUUUACUUGUUGUUAUUGUCCAUGAAGCUGAAGAUGUUGAAGGAAAACACCACACAAAUCCGUUUGCACGGCUGCUAUUUAAAGGAGAAGAGAGAAGAACCAAGCAUGUAAAGAAAAAUAGAGAUCCAAGAUGGGGUGAGUCGUUUCAAUUUAUGCUUGAUGAACCCCCCACCAACGAGAGACUAUAUGUUGAAGUGCAAAGUGUCUCCUCAAGGAUUGGCCUUCUGCAUCCUAAGGAAAAUUUGGGUUACGUGGAUAUAAAAUUGUCUGAUGUUGUAACCAACAAGAGAAUCAACGAGAAAUAUCAUCUUAUUGACUCAAGAAAUGGACGGAUUCAAAUUGAGCUUCAGUGGAGAACUCCAUGA